AUGGGCAACAUAUGUUCCCGCUCUUCCGACAACGACCCGGAUGCCUUCACGGGACCAGGUCGACCAGUUGGAACAGCAAGCCAAAACCCCACUCCACGCGCAUCCGUUCCACCAAACGCAAACUGGAAAUCAUCACCGGGUCGCACACUCGGCGAGACCUCGCCAGCCGGUGCGCAAGGGGCUGGUGACGAAGCGCGCUCCAAUGCUGCGAUCGCGGCGCAGAAACGUGCAGAAUCCGUGUCAACGGCAAAUAAGGGGAAGCUGGGUUCAAAGCUAGCGGCGCAGAAGGCGAAGACGCAUACGCAGACGUUAGAUCAGGUUAGUCGUGAUGAGAGGGCGGCGAGGGAUGUAGAUAAGGUGGAGCAGGCGAGACAGUGGUCCUGA